GACCGAUCAAGCCAUGGCAGGGCAAUUGGGAGUGCUUAAUGCACUCGAUGUUGCAAAGACCCAGUUGUUCCAUUUCACUGCAAUUGUGAUUGCAGGAAUGGGGUUCUUCACUGAUGCUUAUGAUCUCUUCUCCAUAUCACUAGUCACCAAACUAUUGGGACGCAUAUACUACUACAGCGAAGGUGCAAAAAAGCCAGGCUCUCUGCCUCCCAGCGUUGCUGCUGCAGUUAAUGGUGUGGCACUAUGUGGAACUUUAGCUGGACAGCUCUUCUUUGGAUGGCUUGGAGACAAACUUGGUCGUAAAAAAGUCUACGGAAUCACUCUGAUUCUAAUGAUUGUUUGUUCUAUUGCAUCCGGUCUUUCGUUUGGGGAUUCUGCAAAGGGUGUUAUGACCACUCUAUGUUUCUUCAGGUUCUGGCUUGGGUUUGGUAUCGGUGGCGAUUACCCUCUUUCUGCUACGAUUAUGUCUGAAUAUGCAAACAAAAGGACUCGGGGCGCAUUCAUUGCUGCGGUGUUUGCAAUGCAAGGAUUUGGGAUUUUGACUGGAGGGAUUGUUGCUCUUAUUGUGUCAGAUAUAUUUGAUCACAAAUUCGAGGCCCCUGCUUAUAGUGAUAAUGCAAAAGCCUCAACUGUGCCUGAAGCUGACUAUAUUUGGCGCAUAAUCUUGAUGUUUGGUGCACUACCUGCUGCGCUUACUUUCUAUUGGCGUAUGAAGAUGCCCGAGACUGCUCGUUACACGGCCUUAGUAGCCAAGAACGCAAAACAGGCUGCCGCAGACAUGUCUAAAGUGUUGAAUGUUAAUCUUGAAGCAGAAGAGGAGAAGGUUAAAAAAUUAGCUAGAGAGCCCGCAAAUUCUUUUGGCUUGUUCAGUAAGGAAUUCGCAAGGCGACACGGCUUUCACUUGCUUGGAACUACCAGUACUUGGUUUUUAUUAGAUAUUGCAUUCUAUUCCCAAAAUUUGUUCCAAAAAGAUAUCUUCACUGCAAUCCAAUGGAUUCCACCAGCGGCAACGAUGAAUGCAGUUCAUGAGGUGUACAGAAUUGCAAGAGCACAAACACUGAUUGCACUCUGCAGUACCGUGCCGGGAUAUUGGUUUACGGUGGCAUUUAUUGAUUAUAUGGGGCGAUUCGCGAUUCAAUUGAUGGGUUUCUUCUUCAUGACAGUUUUCAUGUUUGCUCUUGCAAUACCAUAUCAUCACUGGACUUUAGAGCCUAACAGAAUUGGGUUUGUUGUUAUGUACUCACUGACAUUUUUCUUUGCCAAUUUCGGACCCAAUGCGACAACAUUUGUUGUUCCAGCAGAAAUAUUCCCUGCAAGGCUAAGAUCAACUUGUCAUGGAAUCUCAGCGGCCGCGGGAAAAGCCGGUGCGAUUGUUGGUGCAUUUGGUUUCUUGUAUGCAGCACAAAGCACAGAUUCAACUAAGACUGAUAAAGAUUACCCUACUGGUAUUGGUAUCAAGAAUUCACUUCUUGUACUUGGUGUGAUAAAUUUCUUGGGCAUGCUGUUCACUUUUCUGGUGCCAGAACCGAUGGGAAAAUCUCUGGAGGAAAUGUCAGGAGAAAAUGAGGAAGAGAAUGGUGAGGAUGCUUAUGCAAGGACAGUUGGUUCCAAUUGAUUUGGGAAAUGGAAAUCACAAAAUGAUAUGGUGUGCUUGAUUUUCAUUCUUGUCAUGUAUUUUGUUUUAUGAUCUUGGUUCUUGUAAUAAUUAUGACCACUACAUAUGUGUUUCUACUGAAGUCUCAGAUACAUGUAAUUCCUUGAUUUUCAACUUGUAUCCUUUGAAGAACUAUGUAGCUGCCUACAUGUAAUGUGCAUUAUAUGACUGA